GUUGUGUUUGGAUUCGUCCUCCUUGGUUUCUCACCAGGUUACCGAGCGGCAGACUCCAAUUUACAGUCUGACAGCAAGGAAUAUUUAAAUAGCAUUUACCGGAGACAAAGUGCAUUGUCGUUUUUGGCGCGGUUCAAAUUAUUUUCACCAAGUUUGACUUUUGAACACCUGAGGUGUUUAUUUUAUUUAAUCCUGCACAUCCACGUUGAGUUUUGGAGAAUAAACGAAGCGAAGAAGUUUGUGUACAUCCCUACCUUUCCCUCUCGAGGAAAUGAAGUCCUCGGUAAAGAUGGUUUGGGGGUAGAUUCAUGGCGUUCGAGUUUGAAGUGGAACGGAUCAAGGUGGGGAAAAACUUCACUCGGAGGUGACUGUUCCGGACUGACGUUGCGCACAGUGUCCAUAACAGAUGGGAAAAGACAAGAUGCGCCUGUUGAGCACAUCGUGCCGGUGUCAAAGCGAAGGAAUUCGAAUGAAUGCAAUAAUGUACGGUGUGAUGCAGUUAUUUUUGCUUCUUGCUAUCAUACGGUCCUGUCAGGGCUGCCCGGAAAAAUGUGCAUGUUCCUCGCAAACAGUAAAAUGCCAAAACCAGGGUUUGGACGCAAUUCCGAAUUUCAUACCUGUCAAUUCUAAGUUACUUGCAAUCACGGGAAACAACAUUUCGAGCAUCAACGAGGACUCUUUUCCUAGCCACCUGGAAUUAUUAACAGAUCUUGAUCUCAGUGACAAUGAGAUGGAGGCUGUGGAGGAAACUGUGUUUCAUAACAUGCCAAACCUAGAACGGCUGGAUCUGAGCAACAAUAAAAUCCAAACUUUCAGCGAAAAUGCUUUUCCAGAUGACAACAAAUUGCAGGUGUUGAACCUCAGUAGGUCUUUUCACAACCAUUCUUCUGUCAAGGGGAUACUGAAUAUCCUCGAGAAUGGAAACCUCCUCCAGCUGGCAGUUAUGGAUUUGUCCAACAAUGAUCUUGUGCUUCUGCCUGAUGAUUUAUUUGCAAGUUUAUCCAACCUGGUCAAGCUCAACUUGCAGAAUAGCUCCAUCAUCUCCAUCCCCGAUGGGAUACUAACGUUGCCGCAACUGCAAGACCUUGAUCUGAGGCACAACCGUCUCAGGAAUGUUCCUUCCACCUCCCUGAUUGAGUUCAACUUGAAGUCAGACGUUCAUAUUCGUUUGGUAGGGAAUCCCUGGCGUUGUGACUGUUCUAUUGAUGACUUGUUGGUGUGGCUCAAUAACUCCACUCAGGUCACAGACAUGAAGAACCUUACCUGUGCAGACCCUGAACGUCUGAGGGGCCAGCCACUAUUGCAGGUGGAGCAGUCCCAGCUGAAGUGUUCGGGCAACAUGGAAGGCGUGCUGGAGACUUCAUAUGUUUUCCUGGGGUUGGUGCUGGCACUGAUUGGUGUCAUAUUCCUGUUGGUGCUCUACCUGAACCGCAAAGGCAUCAAGCGCUGGAUGUACAACAUCCGGGAUGCUUGUAGGGACCACAUGGAGGGAUAUCAUUACAGGUAUGAAAUAAACUCGGACCCACGUUUGGCCAAUCUGAGCAUCAAUUCAGACGUGUGAGCAAGAAUUGGGCUAUUGUCCAGGACCCCCAGUGACACAUUAAUAUGACUCAAUACCACUGAAAGUUGCAUGAGUCUUCCUGCCCCCCUUGCCGUGGCUCCCAAUGAACCCUUUUAUCCACUCACUUGUUCAACUACGGUUGCAUGUUCUGUAUCCCGCAGCUCUGUGUGUGACAGUUGCAUGGACAAUCAGUCAUUAUGAUGAUGGUGAAAAGACUGGUGAAGUUUACUUUGCCUGAAGGACAAACAAAUAAACACACUGGCGUUUAUUAACGCAAUGACAGAAUAAUCCAUAUUCUACUGAUCGUCAUAUCCUUAUGUCAUUGCUGAAGAGAAAUUAUAUUACGCGUGUCUGGGUUUUUUUUCUCUGUUCAAUACGUGAAUUUGUGAUCAAUAGUUGGACUUGUUUGUAUGAUUAUAGUGCACUUUAUUUAUGAGAUUCAUAUGACUCAUUUUCCUUGUGAAAAUGUUCAGCUCAAUAAAAUGCCUCUGAAUUGCUUGUA